AUGGGGACUCUGCCUGGCCUGGCCUGGCCUGGACGCUGUCCCUUUUCCCGGGGGCUGCCGCCCCGGGCCGUGUCUCAUGGAGAGCCCCUAGGAGAGCUGUUGCCGGUCACCCCCACGUCACAGCUCCGUGUCCUUUCCUUGGGUGGGAGGCAGAGCUGGCCAGGGGUCUUCCAGGAGGGCCUGGCCGUCACGGAGGAGGGGGAGCCGCAGCGGGAUGGACCCAGGAGUGCUGGCGUCCGGCGCCUCCCUUUACGGGAGAGGACGGGGAAGUGGAGAGAGCCCAAGGCCCCCGGGGGCAAGAGUAAGGAGGCGGAGAUCAAGCGGAUAAACAAAGAACUGGCCAACAUCCGAUCCAAAUUCAAAGGCGACAAGGCUCUGGACGGUUACAGCAAGAAGAAGUACGUGUGUAAGCUGCUCUUCAUCUUCCUCCUGGGCCACGACAUCGACUUCGGCCACAUGGAGGCGGUGAACCUGCUCAGCUCCAACCGGUACACGGAGAAGCAGAUUGGCUACCUUUUCAUCUCCGUCCUAGUGAACUCCAACAGCGAGCUCAUUCGCCUGAUCAAUAAUGCCAUCAAGAAUGACCUGGCAAGCCGCAACCCCACCUUCAUGGGCCUGGCUCUGCACUGCAUCGCCAACGUGGGCAGCCGCGAGAUGGCCGAAGCCUUUGCUGGAGAAAUCCCCAAAAUCCUCGUGGCUGG